UUCAUUCAAUGGCUUUAAUACUGAAAGGUGGGGCCACUAAAUAAGCAAGUUUGUCUCCACCACAAUCGGUUGCGAAGGUAGACAGUGACGUAAGUGGUGGUGCAGUGAUGGGGAAAAGGAUGCUAAAAGUGACAGCGGGGGCUUAAAUCUGGAAAGGGGGCGACCAAAUGAAAUGUGAUUAAUUACAACUUCUGCACUGAGACGAUGUGAUAUUUGGGUUCGUAAGGAGGAGCUCACUGAUAUAAGAAGAGAAGUAACUGUUUGUUAAGGACGGUUGUAGACUGGAGAGGAUUUGAUCCCAGAGCCAGGAAUGGUGACCGUAGCUGUAUCGCUGUGUGAAAGCCACCGUUUCAAAGCUGCAGGUUAAAUGGAAGUCAUUCCCAGGUGCGUGCCCAUCCCAGCUGACGGAUGCUUUGCUUAGUGGCACCACCACAAGAGGAGAUCGUGAUGAGUGGAGGAGCUGAACAACCUGAUAUCCUUAAUGUUGGAUUCUUAGUGAAAGAGAGAUGGAAAGUGGUAAAGAAAAUUGGAGGUGGAGGGUUUGGAGAGAUCUAUGAAGCAGUGGACUUUCUCACUCGAGAAAACGUUGCACUAAAGGUAGAAUCAGCUCAGCAACCAAAGCAGGUCCUCAAAAUGGAAGUGGCUGUUUUGAAGAAAUUGCAGGGAAAAGACCAUGUCUGCAGGUUCAUUGGCUGUGGAAGAAAUGAUAAGUUUAAUUAUGUAGUAAUGCAGUUGCAGGGUCGAAAUCUUGCAGAUUUGCGUAGAAGUCAAUCUAAAGCCACCUUCAGCAUCAGCACAACUUUGAGACUGGGUAAACAGAUUUUGGAGUCUAUAGAAAGCAUCCACUCUGUGGGAUUUCUACAUCGAGAUAUUAAACCAUCAAAUUUUGCUAUGGGACGAUUUCCUAGUACUUGCCGUAAAUGCUAUAUGCUGGAUUUUGGCUUGGCUCGUCAGUUUACCAACUCAUGUGGAGAGGUCCGACCGCCUCGACUUGUAGCAGGCUUUCGAGGGACAGUUCGAUAUGCAUCAGUCAAUGCUCACAGGAACAGGGAAAUGGGCCGUCAUGAUGACCUGUGGUCCUUGUUCUAUAUGCUUGUAGAGUUUGUUGUUGGACAGCUACCCUGGAGAAAAAUUAAGGACAAGGAGCAGGUAGGUUCCAUCAAAGAGAGGUAUGACCAUCAACUAAUGUUGAAACAUCUACCACCCGAGUUCUCAAGCUUCUUGGAUCACAUCUCCAGGCUAGACUACUAUACAAAACCAGAUUAUCAGAUGCUGAUGGCAGUGUUUGAUAAGACCAUGAAGGUAUAUGGUGUUGCUGAUAGUGAUCCAUUUGACUGGGAGAAGAGUGGAAUGGAUGGCUCUUUAACAACCACUACUACUUCUACCACCCCUCAAUUACAUACCCGCCAAACACCUGCUGCACUUGGAAUUGCCAAUGCAACACCAAUUCCUGGAGACAUGUUACGAGAAAAUACAGAUGAAGUCCUGCAGGAUGAGCAACUCAGUGACGGUGAAAAUGGCAUGCCUGGUAUGGUCUCUCCAGAGAGGAUUCCAGGGUCUCCUAGUCGCCCCCAAGAACAGGAUGUUUGGGAGGAAAUGGAUAUCAACAGGAACAAGAUGAAAACAGUGAUUUGCAAGGCUGCUACAGAAGAUGAAAACAGUCAUAUCCAUGGAACUGGUGUGCCUAAUGGGCCAAGUUUGGGCUCUCCGGUUCGUGUGCGUUCGGAAGCCAUGCAGCUUGAUAGGGAUGUACCUUUGCUCAGGAAGUUACGGUCCAUACACAGCUUUGAACUGGAGAAACGACUUACUCUGGAGUCCAAACCAGACACUGACAAGUUCUUAGAAGCAUGCAUAGCAAAAGUAAGAGAAAAUGCUGGUACUGCUGAGGAUCCUGCACCAGAUGGUACUAUUCUGCCUCCAAAGGCCUCCAUAACCUCCACUGGCCGUAUGGAACAUGUCUGGCACUAUGAUGAAGAAUACAUCCCUGACAGUGCCAAGCCAGCUUCAUCUGGAUCCCCUGUUCAAGUUGAAGGCAUUGUGAGCAAUGGGUUUGUGGCUGUGAACCUUAGCUCCUGCAGGCAGGAGAUGGACUCAAAAGAGUGGGUUAUUGUAGAUAAGGAACAGGACCUUCAUGAUUUUCAAACUGAAGGUGGACAAGGGCAGAAACUGACUGGAAGUCCCUCUGAUGAGGAGCCCGAAGUGUUGCAGGUAUUACAAGACUCUCCUCAGGAAGAACAAUUAAAACUGGAUCCAGUUCUUACAGAUGCCAUUGAAACUAAUGAGACAGUGUUCGCACCAGGAAGGCAAAAAGACAUUCAGGUCUCAGAAGACAGACAAGUUAUGGGCAAACUAGAGCUUACAGUUGGAGUUGCUAGUCAGUUGUUACCAGUUACACCUACAAGCCAAAUGGAGGCACAAGCUGAAGGAGCAAUCACUCCGCUUAGCACAUCUCACUUGCCAAGAAUUCCAAGCUCUCUCCAGCGAUCUCCAAGUCCUGUAGCUGCCCUCUCCACCCACUCAGAACCACUGCAUGAGAAAGAGCCAAGUUUACAAAGGAGCCAGUCAGCUGAGAGCCAGUCCUCUGCUCGAUCACUAGGUCGUAGGCAGCUUCCCUUCAUUCCUGGGAGCACCAGGCUCCCUCCUGUGAUUCGCAUCUCAAAAGCACAACUUCAGCAGAUGACUGCAAUGCGGCCUACAGUAUCAGCUGCUCACAUUGCUUUAGAGAGUUUUCCCAAUGCCCAGCCACCUGCUCAGAGGGAUGAGAACCAUCAAGAAAUAGAAGGUACUGCGGAAGAAGUUUCUCCCUGUGACAAAGGGAAUAUGCCUGUUGCUCCCAUAUCUGAGAAUGCAAUAUAUAAUAGAAGCUGUAGGACAGAAGUCACUCAUCACCUUGUUCUGCCAGUAAAGGACACGUUUCAGAAAGAAGGGUCUUUUAAGCUACAGGAUCUGGCAUGCCCUACUGUCCUUGAAAAUGUUGAAGUGGAUGGUAGAAGCCAAGAUGGCCAAAAAACACCUGUGUGCAUUUCUGUAGAUUUAGAAGAUCAAGCUGAUCAUCCUGGGAUAGUAGGAGAUAUUGAUAAAAGUACAGAAGGAUGUAGUAAUGCCAUACCAGAUGGCUCCAUCCCUAAUAGAGAGCACUCAUGUACUGGAAAUGAUCAUGAAAAAGAAUCAAGGCCAAGGACUUUCUGCUGUGUGCCAAAUCGAGAAGCUAAAUUGGACUCCCCAAAACCUGAGAUAAUCAAGGCAGUAGAGAAUGUGGUUUUCUUUUCUGAAACUCUGAAUCACAUUGACAAUGAGCUACAAAGCCAAUUUGUUGAGAUACAAGAGAAUGGGUUUAAUAAUGAUGAGGAGGAUAUAAAUACAACAGACCUGCCUUCACCCUCAACAGAUAACUAUGUUUCUGCAUUGUCGCAGAAAGAAGCAAAAGAAAAUCUGCCAGCAUUGAAGUAUUUAGACCCACUGGUGAGCUGUUCAGAGAAUGAAAGUUCUGUGCAUUCUAAGAAGGAUGUGAACAAAUCUUCCAUGGUUGUGAGACACAGCCGCAUCCCAAUCUUGGCACAAGAAGCAGAGAGUGCCUCAGAAUCUUCUUCCCCAAUUUCAGCCAAGGAGAAACUGUUGCAAAAGAAGGCCCAUCAGACAGACUUAGCAAGGCUUAUUGCAGAAAAGAGACAAUUCAGAUCUUACCUGGGUGAUGUAUCAAGUGCCUCUGAUAAAUCUGUAGAAGAGAGAAUUUCACCACCUGCACUGCUGUCUGAGGAAGAGGCCUGCCUCAGUUCCAAGUCAGACUGUAAUUGCAGUAAACAAAUCGAAGACAGCCCUGUUAUUCCUGGUAGUCCUCAUUCUAGGAGGAGUAAAAUACCAAGACCAGUCUCUUCCACAAGCACUGACCCAGUUACCAGUUCUGCCUCCUCACAGUUUCUUCCACGACCUCCACCAGGGAAGCCUCCAGCCAGGCCAGGAGUGGAGACCAGGUUUCGGAGGUACAGAGUACUUAGCAGUGGCACUACAGACUCAGAGGUAAUUUCUCGACUUGCUCAAAUCCUCCAAACUGGAUCCCAGAUAUCUAGAAGCUCCCAGCAGUCCAAAAAUCAAGGCUUACCACACAGUCCGAAAACUCCUCCUAAGAGUCCUGUGAUUCCCAGGCGCAGUCCCAGUGCUUCACCUCGGAGUUCUUCUUUGCCCCGAACUGCCAGCUCCUCCUCUUCUCGAGGGGGUCGACCCCACCAUGACCAAAGGAGUUCUUCAUCUCAUGUAGGUCGGAGUAAAUCUCCACCUAGCUAUUCUGGGUCUUCUUCCUCCAGAAAAUCCUAUCCACAGGAACACUGUUGCAGCAAACAAAACAAAAACAGCAUGAAAGGAUCUGGUGGUCCCUACCAUACAACAAGCAGCAAGUCUGCAAGGAGCAAGUGUUCUGGAAGAGAUAGCAAAACUUCAAGCAAACUCAGCAGAUAGUAAUGAACAAUUUCUUGGUGCUGCCUAUAAUUUUGUAUCCACAUGUAAUGCAUGUCUAGUCCUUGUACUGCAUACCAAAAUCAGUGUUUGAUUACUUUUAGAAGGUUGCAAGUAUAUAGCAUCAUUAAAGAACAAAACACAAACUAGUGAGCAGGUUCUACUUUAGAGUUGGGGAGGGUAAAUGCAGCAAAGAGAGUCUUUGUGGUUCUGCAGUUUCAGAAUUUUUAUUUUAGUUUAUCAGAACAGUGUCUUUUUAUUAAUUUCUUUUGUAACAUUUAUUGUUUAUAUAAAGGUAGAAAAAAAUAAGUAUUAAUUGGGCAUUGUAGAUGUGAAUGAGCUAAUUAAGUAUUAACCUUGAUAUCCCUGCUUAAAAUGGUACUAGACUUUGGCCCAGAAGGCCUAAAAAGUCUGUGUAUUGGAGAAGGUGAGUGUGAUCUUCAAAGAUGGAUGUGUAUUUUGCUUUUGAAGUGUCCUUUAAGAAGGGUAUACGUAUUUCAGUUGAAAAUCAUUGUCAAAACACAGACAAAACAUCUCUGAACUUCAGCCAAAACUCUGAAAUGUCACAGCAGUACUUAGAUUACAGGAGCAGACAUUUAGUGAAUUUGACCCUUUAUAGUUUUGGCCUUAGUAGACCAGACUGAAAUAGUACUGUGGGCCUUGAUGGAUUUAACCAGUUAACCAAUAUGUUUAAGAACCACAGUGCCUAACUGGGCAUAACCAUGCAACAGCUUUAAGUCACCUUCCACUCCUGUAUAUUAUAUUGA